AUGCUUUUUAUUUUGCAGAAAUUAGCAUAUCUUUUAAAAAAGACUGCAAAAAUGUUUAAAUUCUAUUUGCUCAAUAUUUAUCUUUGUUUUUACCAGAAAAAAAAGCACAAUCCAAUUUUAUUUUGUGUUUCUUCACGAGUGUCAUCUUGGGAUAUGGCAAAGGAAAGUAAUGUCAAGAAUGAGAUCACAAAAUAUAGCCCAUUGAAGAAUUUUAAUGAGAAAAAUAUCAUAAUUUUGGUACGUGUUUUUAAAGCUUAA